AUGUCAUUAAAUCCAUUUGACGACAGUUAUAUAGAUCCGAGUGUUUACAAAGAACCGGUAAAAAGUUACACAACGGUGAAUUCUAACAAUGGUGACGGCAGCAUCGAAGAUGAUGUUAAUUUCUAUGAACGAGAACUGGAGCGUUAUAUGCAAGAAUCAUUAGAUAGUACAGAGCGAUCGAAGAAAAAUUUGGAACAAAGUGAACAAAUUGGUAUCGCAACUGCACAGGAUUUACUAAUUCAAAGAGACAAGUUGGAACACACGGAAAAGAAUCUUGAUGAUAUCGACAGAACAACGAAAAUGACUCAGCGUAAUUUGAAUAGUUUAAAGUCCGUCUUCGGUGGUUUCUUUAAAAAUAAAUUUUCCCGUGUACCAAAAGAGGAGCAACUUAUGAUUCCAUCAAAACCGGAUUCAGUUCUUGGAAACACUGUGGAUAAAUUAAGUAGUGUUUCCAAAGCAGGUUCAAGUUAUGCCGAAGGCGCCGUGUCUGUAUCAGGACCAACAUUAAGUGAAAGUUCACGGGCAGUAAUCAAAGGAUCGCGUUGGGAGGCCAUGGAUAGUGAAAUUGACUCUAAUCUUGAUUCAAUGAGUUCUCAACUGGCUCGAUUACGUAUGCUUGGUGAGGCUCUUGGCGAGGAAGUUAGUUCGCAGAAUGAAAUGUUAGAUAGAAUUCAAGUCAAAGCAGAACGCACCAAUAUACGUGUCAAGGACCAAGAUAAGCAGAUGAAAAAAUUGCUUGGUUCAGCAGACAAAGACGAAGUGCAAACUUCGCUGCCAUCUGUUAGCAAGAAAAGAGUUGUGUAUAGUGCGGUCAAAAGUGUUUUCUAA